AUGAGCUCGGGACCCGAGCCCCGGGCAGCCCGGACACCCUUCAGCAUCGCGGACAUCCUCGGCCCCAGCGUGGUCCCUCGAGGAGCCUCUGCGUCGCCGCAGCUCCCAGAGCCGAGCCCAGGCCCCACGUCGCCGCUGUGCGCGCUGGAGGAGCUGGCGAGCAACGCUUUCCGCGGACGGGACGGGCUCGCUCAGCGGCCCCCUGAAGGCCGCGCGGCCCCGGGCGCCCCGGGCCAGGGCCCCGCGGGCCGCAGGCGGCGCAAGUCCCGCACGGCGUUCACGGCGCAGCAGGUGCUGGAGCUGGAGCGGCGCUUCGGGGCCCAGCGGUACCUGGCGCCCGCCGAGCGGGCCGGGCUGGCGGCGCGGCUCGGCCUGGCCAGCGCGCAGGUCGUCACGUGGUUCCAGAACCGGCGCGCCAAGCUCCGGCGGGACGCGGAGGAGAUGCGCGCCGACCUGGCCUCGCUGCGCGCGCUGAGCCCCGAGGCCCGGGGCCGCCUCGCGCUGCCCGACCUGGGCCCGGCGCGGCCGGACUCCGGGCCCCACCUGGCGGACGAGGAGAUCCGGGUGGACGAUUGA